CACCACCACCAUUAUCAUCGUCAUCAACAACAAAAAUCGAUUGAUCGAUUAUCAUCAUCAUUUGAUUGAUUGAUUCUUUUUUUUUCAAAAACACAGAAAGAAAAAGACAAAUAUGGUACACAAUAUGGCCGAUUCAAAAACAUCAGGUUUCUCCAAAGUGGUUGCCAAACAUUCAUUACGUGCAAAAGAACGGUUUUUACAAAAUUUUGGCAAAAAAGAUCGUACCACUGAUGAAUUAUUUGAAAUUUAUCAAACAAAUUUUAAUAAACAACAAACAAAUGCAACAAGAUUAUUAAAAGAAAUGAAAAAUUAUGCAACAUGUGCAAGAGAAAUGCAAUCAGCAUCUAAGUCAUUAUUAGAUUGUAUGGCUGAUAUUUAUGAAAAUGAUUGGCCUGGCCAGGAAUCAAUACCUGAUCGUAUAAAAUCAAUUGAAAUGUUAUGGGGUGAUUUAUGCCAUAAAUUAAAUGAUCAAUGUACAAUACCAUUGAGCACUUAUCUCAGUCAAUUUUCAGAAAUUCGAAAUAAAAUCGAUAAACGUGGUCGUAAAUUAUUGGAUUAUGAUGCUGCACGACAUAAUCAUGAAACAAUACAAGCUGCAUCAAAAAAACGUGAUGAUAUGAAAUUAACAAAAUCACGUGAACAAAUGGAUGAAUCAAGACGUUUAUAUGAAGUAUUGAAUAAAGAAUUACAUGAAGAAUUACCUGCAUUAUAUGAUAGCCGUAUACCAUUCUAUAUAAAUAUGUUUCAAACAUUAUUUAAUUCGGAAACACAAUUUCAUCAAGAAUACUCAAAAGUUGAUCAUAAAUUAGCUGAAAUGAUUGAACAAUUAGCAAUUGAAGCGGCAAAAGGUACAUUUCAAUCGGAUGCUGGCCAUUAUUUAAGCCAAAUUCAACAACAACAACAGCAACAACAACAACAUUCACCAACAAAAGUGGAUAAAAAAUCAUCAUCAAUAGAUGUUGAUCAUCAAUUGAAUGAUGAUAAACAACAACUACAACAACAAAUGAAUUCCGAAUCUGAAUCAAUGGAUAAUAUGAAUAUGAAUAAAUCAAUGGAAUCGGAUCAAGAAUCACCGAUAGCACCACCACAUUUAUUAAAAACAUCGCUAACAAAAUCAUCGGCUAAUAAAGAAACAAAUGGUGAUGGUGAUGGACAACAACAUAAUGGUGAAACAAAUCAAUCGAAUGGAAAUUGUAAUGAUAAUGAUGGAAUGAAUCAUAAAAAAGAAGAACUUUAUGAAAUUCCAAUUGGAGCUACGACUGUAGAUUUACCGCCUGGUGUUUUAUACAAGGUAAAAGCAACAUAUAAAUAUGCAGCCGAAGAUAAUGAUGAAUUAACAUUUGAAAGUGGUGAAAUAUUACAUGUUAUACAAUAUGAAGAUCCAGAAGAACAAGAAGAAGGUUGGUUAAUGGGUAUACGUGAUAACUGGCCACUUUUUCCUAAUAAAGGUCGAUUAAAAUGUUCCGGUUAG